CUUCUUUUAACAUCGUAUCAGAUAUUUAAAAAAUCGUAAGCUAUUUCAGGCAAUUUUAACAGAUAUGAAAUAGAUAUGAUGAUUAUAGUGGCGCAAGGUGCAUUUCCAGUGCAUUUCCUUCUGACAAAAGAGAGGAAAUUCCGCGGAUUUCGCGAGGCGCUCUAUAAUGAGGAAAACAUUGAGAACUGAUUGAUGAGAACAACGAAGAGAACGAAAGUGUCGUGCGACUAAGAAUUUAAAUUCAUGGAACCGUUGGAGAUCGAAGAGGCAUUCAUCAAAUUAAAACCGCUUUGCGAUUCCUUGAUAACAAAUCCGAAUUCGAGUAAUUUAGUAAAAAUCGAGAAUGCCUUGGGAAAUGUUUCUGAGAAGAUUGUCCGAAAUUUUUUCGAGUACAUCUCAUUCCCUUUGGUUACCCACUUGACGUACGGAAAACUCAAUAAGAACGUUAGAGAGCAAUCAGUGAGAACCAUGCAGAAACUUAUAACAAUAGCGAAAAUAUCGAAAAUAGAGCAUUUGAACAGGAUUCAUUCAUGCCUUUUGACACAAAUUUGCGAUCCAAAGCGACAAACAUUGCUGAUCGAAGGAAACGAAGAGUUGAAGGAAGCUGUGAUCGUGUGUGCCAAGACUUUGGUCGACUGUUGUCAUACAGAAGUGAUAGAAGCCUUCUAUAGCCGUUUAGCCGAAAGCCCUGCUCCGACGAUCGGACAACAUUGGAUAAUGCUUUCGUUGGCAAUAGCUAAGCACGAAAGAUCACGGUCUCUAAAGAUAGAGGCGAUAAGGACAUUGAUGACGCUCUGUCAGGUCGACGACGAAUCGGACAGAUCCGAUGCGAUACUUCAAGAUCAAGCGGCCGACGUCAUUAUGUUCAUGUUGCCAGGCACAUUGGCCAUCUUACAGGAGACAAUGACGGGAAGCGACGUACAGAGCCACAUGAUCACUGUGAUGGCACUCAGAGCUUGGUCCAGGAUAAUCGCUCUGAUGACAAAAGAUAAAAUGGAGGAGGAGGAGGAGGUAAAUGGUGAUAACGAAAUGUUGUUCAAUAAUUUGAUGCAGCUGAAGGAUCGGAACGAGGAGUCGAGAAUCGAUGAGAACGACGAAAAAGAAUUGACGAAGCAUUUGGGAAGUAAAACGCGAAACAAGGGAUGGCUGUACGCUUGUGCAAUCAAAUUGAACAGGUCCUUUCGACGAUUGGAAGCGUUGUCGAAGCAUCCCAACUGGAAAGUUCGAUUCGAGUUGGUCGAAGCAAUUCGGCUGCUGCUCACGACGUGCUCCAGGAACAUGAAACCUAACGUGAUGUUACUGACAGACUAUUUGAUAUCCCUGUCGGAGGACGAGUCGGUGGAGGUUCGCGAGAAUGCGAAACGUUCCUUGGAGGCUGUGAACGUGAACUUUGACAAGAUCGACGACAGACCUCUGGCCGAGCUGUUGGAAGAAAAUUUUUACGACCUGCUGACGAAAUUACCUACGAUCAUCAGAAGAUCGAACGAUGCCGACCAGCUGUCCUGCUUGAACCGUAUCGCUGGCUAUUUGAGACUUCUCGGUGAUCAAAGAUUGCAUCGACUGAUGAUGUCCGUCGCGCAUGUUCGUAGAUUGAUCAUUGCGCUUGUUCACGUCUCGGAAAUAGAUUACGCUGACGUGUCGAUUUUGGAAACUGUGAACGCGAACGAUCUUGACGAUUCGUCGAUCGUUUGUUCAGGAUCACGGUCACGGUGGAAGAGGUACAGAUUUAUCGACAGCGACGCGUGUGAGUCGAAGGUCAGGGAGAUUUGCCGCUGUCUAGCAGAAUCUGGAGAUAUUCAGAUUUUGGCGGACAAUAUUACGCGACUGUUGGCCGACAUGCCUGGCUACACCAACGAAUUGAUUCUGUUGUUGAACUGGAUCGUCGACGCGCCGCCGAGAGACACCACACGGCUGCAGGUUUACGAAGACAUAGUAGAUCUUUAUGUGAACCCAGAUUUUUGGUAUCCUUCCGUCGAAGUGGAUCGAGACGUACCGCUUCGCGUGGCUCAGAGGAACGUUACGUUGUGCUGUUUGUUGUCAGAGGGUCUAGGAAUGAUUUCUCUCAAUUUAGAUCGAAACUACGAAAGGUUCCUUCUGAAAACGCUCUACCUUGUAGUCGAGAGGGCAGGGAACAAGAACGGUUUGAUCAGCCUCGUCGCCAGUCGAACGCUUGAAAUGAUCGCGAAAUCGCAGCACUGUCUUUCCACCAGCGAUUUGUUCAAUACCAACAUGGACUAUCUCUCGUACAAUGUCAGAAUAAAAUUGCGCAGAGUCCAUCUCAAUCCUGGUUGUCUGGACGUGAUUCGAGUGUUGAUCAGACACAGCACGAUCGACGCGCUGUCCUGUUUGAGAGAAAUCGUAGAGGAUUGUUCGUCCCAUUCGAACAAGAAUUUAUAUCGAAGAAAUUCCUAUGCGUUUCUCAAAGUUUUUCACGUGUUCGCAGCUUGCGUAAAAGACAUGCUAGCUGUUAAAGGCGGAGAGACGAUCGGAAUUGAAAAGCGGGCAGACGACGACGACGACGAAGAAAAUCGGUGUUCAAAGAUCGUGCAAGAUGUGCUCGAAUACGUGGAAGCAAAGCAGGUAGACGAUCGGAUCGAAGAGGAGGUAGAAGAUACUGAAUGCGAACCACAACACGAAGAGCGAGAAGAAGAAGAAGAAGAAGAAGAAGAAGAAGAACAACAACAACAACAAGAAGAAAAAGAGAAGAAGGUGGAACCGCCGUUUCACGUGACAAUGAUCGAACAAAUCGCGAGGCAUUGCUUGCACUUCGUGUCGUCCAAGAACGUGGACGAGCGUUUGAUCGCCAUGUCGACGCUGCAGGACAGUCUCGAGAUCAUGGCGCAUUGGGAGGACGAACUGUUGCCCAUUGUUCAUUCCCUGUGGCAUCCGUUGGUGGACAGAUUCAACGAAAACGAUCUUUUGAUAAUCAAUCGAGCGUGGCAACUGCUCAAUACGAUCGGCGACACGGCCAAGGAUUUUAUACGGUCCAGAAUGUUGAAACAGGUGUGGCCGCCGCUCACGAAAUUCCUGAAAGAUGCCGCGAAGGAGAGUCACAUGAAAACCACUGAGAGCAUGUACAGAUUCACGCAGAUGUACAAGCUUCAAAAAGAGUUGCUCUCGUCUUUCGCGAAAUUAACCCGGAAUCUUCGACUACGCGAACGAGAAACGUGGGACGUUCUGAGCGUCGCGGAGCCGUAUUUGAACAAACACCAAAAUCCUGUUCUACAGGAUUGUUGCGUGCAACUGUACAAGGAUAUUGCUGAUUACAACGGUGACAUUGUUUUCGUUAAAUGCCUCAGCAUUUUCCAUUCCAAGAUCGCGAAGAUUCCCACUGACGCGACGCUUUGCACGAAAGACUUAAUAAUGGAAAGUUCAGAGAAUAUCUCGAGAAACGAAUAUUCGAAGAACGUAAGAACUCUGAUAAAAUAUGUCCAAGAGAGGAGGUUUCGUUCUUGAAUCGAAGAAAACUUAAUGGAUCGGUACUUUUUGAUAGAAAGAAAUAAACAAUAACAUAUGUAUAUAUCACUCUAAGGCUCGAGGAACUCUUGGAUGGAUCCUCCUUGAAUAUCUCUCGAGUUUUGUAUUUUUGUCCGAAUGACACUUGAAGGAAACUUGAAUAAAUUCUUUACAAACCACCGUCA